AACCCUAAAAAUUAGAUCUAUACCAGGCAGUGUUAGCAAUUGGACAAUUGGACAAUCAGCUAAUGAAUAUUAUUGGUUGGCCCAAUUGUUCCAGUCCAAUUUUCCAAUUAAUCAUUUAAUAUCAUUGGUUAAUUUGAUUUUCCAGUUGUCCAAUUGCCAACACUGA